GAGGGAGAGCGAGAGAUUGGUAUCACAUGAGAGAGGGGAGAGUAAUAGCAAGGUGAAGGGUGGAAGCAGGAGGAGUAACAAUAUUGAAAGCACUGAUAGGGGUGCCAGAGGCAAGGAGGGAGCAAUCGAGAGAGGGAGAGCGGUACAACAGCCUGAAUAGUGUGGUGUGCUGAAUAACAGUGGAAGAACAGGGAGGACAAAGGGAGGAGUUCUGACAGAGAAGGAGGAAAAGAGGACAAAAGAAGACAACACUGGGCUGUAAAUGACAAAGUGACCAGAAAGAGAAUGCACAAGGAAGGGCUGGAAGCCAAAGAGGUCAGAUAGUUGAACACCAGACAGAUGAAAGUGUUUUUCUACCUGGACAGAGCUGUAAGUUUGGGUGUCUGUACUUGUGCCUGUGUGUGUGUAUGUGUUCGAUGUGAAUUAUAUAGAAGACAGAACACCUGUUAUUUUUGAGAUGAUGGGGUGUAACAGUUUUCAGCUUGCGUGUGUUGGACCGUCUCUGCAGCAUUUUGCCUACCUGCACAGUGUUUGACCUUCCUUAGUCAGCAAGCAGAGUGUGACUGCGGAGAGAAAAAGAGCAAGAAAGAGAGAGAGAGGGAGUGUCUACAGGAAAAACAGAGAGAGAGGGAGUGAGAGGGAGAGAGAUAGAGAGAGAGAGUUAAAGUGGAGUAGUAGCCGAGGGAGUUGUUGCAUUGUGAUUAGUGUGCCUGUGCAGUCUGCACUGUCCUCCCAAUGUAAGACCUGUGCUCUACUGCAUGGGGUUCUCCUGGAGGUAAGGAGGCAGCCUAAAGCUACAGCUCCUAAAACCUGGGUCCCACCCAGACCGGUUGACUGGACACCAAGACUGAACUGAAAUGGGCUCAACUCCUGGAUUUUUUUUUAAUUUUUUUUUUUUAUAUAGCUCUUCGUGAAAUGUAAUUUAGAAUUUUUAUACACACUUUCAGCUGUAAAACUUUGAGUCCUCUGGAACAAUGGAUAUGUCAGGCAAUCCCCAAGGGUGCUCUGCUCGUGCUCCCAGGGUGGGAGACGCUAAGUCUGGGGAGGCUAGAAUGGGAGAGGGGACGAGAAUGGGGGAGAGAGACACCCCGCUGAGGCUGUCACCUUUCCGUAUGCUUCGGGUGCUGGACUCAUGCCGUCCUCCAGGAAACCGUAUUGGUAUCGUCCAUGAGAAUGUGAAGAUGGGUUCAGAUGGAGAGAGUGACCAGGCGUCUGGGACGUCUUCUGAUGAGGUCCAGAGUCCAGUCAGGGUCCGAAUGAGGAACAACCACCAUCGGCGCAUCUCUAAUGAGGACAUAAACAAACGUUUGUCUCUCCCAGCUGAUAUCAGGCUACCGGAGGGCUACUUGGAGAAGUUUGCCAUGAACAGCCCGCCCUUUGACAAACCCAUGAGCCGCAGGCUACGACGCGCUUCACUGUCUGAAAUCGGCUUUGGGAAACUUGAAACCUACAUCAAACUGGACAAACUCGGAGAGGGGACCUAUGCUACAGUGUUUAAGGGUCGAAGCAAGUUAACAGACAAUUUAGUGGCUCUGAAAGAGAUCCGAUUGGAGCAUGAGGAGGGUGCGCCCUGCACAGCUAUCCGAGAAGUGUCUCUACUGAAAGACUUGAAGCAUGCCAAUAUUGUCACUCUCCAUGACAUUAUCCACACUGACAAGUGCCUGACACUCGUGUUUGAGUACUUGGAAAAAGACCUGAAGCAGUACAUGGAUGACUGUGGGAGCAUCAUGAGUGUUCACAAUGUCAAGAUCUUUCUGUUCCAGCUGUUACGAGGUCUGGCGUAUUGCCACAGAAGGAAGGUCCUCCACAGAGACCUAAAACCCCAGAACCUGCUCAUCAACGAAAAAGGAGAGCUCAAACUGGCAGACUUUGGUUUGGCACGGGCCAAGUCUGUCCCUACGAAGACCUACUCGAAUGAAGUUGUGACAUUAUGGUACCGGCCACCAGAUGUGCUUCUAGGAUCCACUGAGUACUCUACACCAAUUGACAUGUGGGGUGUGGGCUGUAUCUUUUAUGAAAUGAUCACAGGCAGACCUCUCUUUCCUGGAUCGACUGUGGAGGAUGAGCUUCACCUCAUAUUCCGCAUCCUUGGUACUCCUACAGAAGAGACUUGGCCAGGCAUCACCACCAGUGAAGAGUUUAAGACAUACAAUUUCCCCCGAUACAACGCAGAACCCCUCGUCAACCACGCACCCAGAAUAGACAAUGAUGGUCAUGACUUGCUGUCAAUGCUUCUACAGUUUGAGGCUAAGAAGCGUGUAUCAGCUGAGGAUGCUCUCAGACACUCAUAUUUUAGAAGUCUUGGAGAGCAGGUUCAAUCACUGGCUGACACCUCAUCCAUCUUCUCCGUAAAAGGCAUUCAGCUCCAGAAAGAUCCAGGAAAGAGAUCCUCAGUCUACCCAGAGUCAACGAUGGCCCAUAAGCUAGGCUCUGCACCCUCGCAGUACUUCCAGAGAGAAGGAGCCAAUCCCAGGGCUCAGAGUCACAAUCUGUCCUCCACUUCCACUGGCUGAGUGGCCUCUACCGUUCUGCCCAGGGGAAGAGCAGGAGGCAGAGUGUGUUGUUUUAGUGCUGGCGGGGGCGCUGAGGUGAGGAGGACAGUGACACGUGGAGCUGUCCUGUCAGACAUACAUUCACUGACCCUGCCAUACAAACUGAAGGAGCUACACACACCCUGCCAUAUAAACACACAUACAUACACACACACACACACACACACACACACACACACAUAGCAAAAUGACAACAAAACCACACAGAACUAAGGCUGAAGAAUUCAUACUUGACUAAAAAAAAUAAAGACUCAGUUGAACCUUAAAGACAGAAAAAUUAAAAAUGAGAGAAGUGUGUGAUGCUGGAAGAAAAGUGGGAGAGUACAAGAUUCUCCUUGCUGCUGCUACCGCUGCUGUCCAGAGGAGGGCAGCAUUUAGGACGUGGAGCUGACUCGGGAUUUUGAACAGAACUUGCUGCAUCAGUGAGCUGUGAGGAAGAGAGAAUGAAGGUGGACAUGAUUCAAAGGACAAAGAAAGAGAGAGGAACCCUGUUGCUCUCUUUUCUGAUUUUUGUUUUUGUUUUUUUGGACUCUUGUUGUAGAUAAAGAGACUCAGCUGUAGAACUCUGCUUUUUCAUAACACGCCUCAGCCUGAAUCCAAACUCUGAAUUUUGCACCUCAGCCCUAGACCCUCGCCUAACCUCUUGGCCCUUUAUUACAUGAUCUUUAAAGGACCAGUGUGUAGGUUUUAGUGGCAUCUAGUGGUGAGGUUGCAGAUUGCAACCAACUGAAUACCCCUCCCCUCUCCCCUCCCUUUCCAAGCAUGUAGGAGAACCUACAGUGGCCUUCAGGUAGUGUAAAAAUGCAAAAGGCCCUCUCCAUAGCCAGUGUUUGGUUUGUCCAUUAUGGGUUACUGUAGAAACAUGGCAGUAUAACAUUGCAGGCUCUGUGGAAGAGGAGCCCAGCAUGUGGAAUAUUAUAUUGCAUUUCUGCCAAUAGAUGCCCCUAAAUCUUACACACUGGUCCUUUAAAUAGAACACACACACACACACACACACACACACACACACACACACACACACACACACACACACACACACACACACUUGAAAGUUCACUUGAAAGUUAAGAGUGUGUAGAUCAUUGGAGUUUACAGAGAUAAACUUUAGCACCUUAUUGUCCAGUCGAGGUCAGGGUGGUUGUCAUUACGUUACCUCAUCAGUCACUCAAGCAGAGUAGGAUGUAAAGUACACACUAGAUAUUAAAGUGAAGAAGACCAAAAAAAAACAACACUAACCAUAGGAAAAUGAACAGAUGUACUACAAUUAAAAGCACUCUGCAACUCACAGACCAGUAGUAGACGAUAAUUACUUAAUUUGUCACACACUCACAUGCUGUAAAGAACACUACGCUGCAAGAGGCUCCUGUGUCAAUACACAAGAAGGACAACAUUGAAGGACGGAGAGGUAAAGGAAGUGUACAAAUCCUCACCUGCUUAUUGUUAGACACCCCCUUCCUCUUUUGCCUUCACUCAGAAGUUGUCUUGAUUUGUUGUGUGGUGUAUAGGUGUUGACGUUGAUAAUCUGUUUGCACCUGAUUUUACCUCUUUAGAUCAUGAGUAGACUAUUCAAGAACCCCAACUUCUCCUGCCCAACUCCAUGUGCAUUUAUUUUUAGUCUUUUUUUUUUCUUUUUUUUUUAAUCUGUAUAUAUAUGAUCGUACUUUUUACUUGUCAGAAGCAAUGAUAAUUCCAGGAUGCUGUUCUCAGUCUUUACUGUGUUCCCACUGGAACAGUUGGCGACUGCCUGGGGACGUGUUGCACAUUCCUUGAGCUCAGGACUUAUUGCUAGUGUCGUUUUGUGGAUGCUGUGAGGUACAGCUGGUCUUGUAUGUCUCCCCCAGUAGAGCAGAGUAUGUCGUACAUGGCCUGAAACCCUUUGCGAACUGUAUGUGGAGAAGAAGAAUCAUUUCCUAGCAUCAACCUGUCGGUCUUCUGUGUUAUUCAUUCUCUGUUAGUUUGACCAUAAUGUUGCUGUUCAGAGACUACCUUACUCAUGUCUUUACUCGUGAUCUCUUCAAGCAUGUUUCUGUACUAAACUCACAGAGUUUUCAGUUGGUAUGUGAAAUAGCUGCUGCUGGAAAAGGGGUACUUCCAGUUGGUUCAAAUUAAGCAUGGGACAUGAUCGUAUUACAUGAUUUUUUUCACACCAAUCACCACAAUAACCUGUAAUGGCUCCUCAGCGAGUCUGGAGACUGUACCUUAAAUAAAGACGAAAAUGAUAACACGCUAUUCAGCAACAAUGUGAUGUGCUGCCGGCAUUGGGACCAGAUAGUUUGUAUGACAAAUCUGACUCAACCUCAAGGAAUAUAGUACAGAAAACUGUUAUGUAGCCUGUCUAACUGGUUACUAAAGUCUCUGAGUAUUUAGCAGGACUCGAAGCACUCAAGACACACUGUUGUUUCAUGCUGUUAUUGUUGCAGGCUGCCAGAAACAACAGGACCAAAGUCCAUUCUCCAAGCAACAGGUGUUCAAGCACACAACAGUGUGACACCAAUCAGUUGAAAUGUCAACAUGUACUGUAUCUAUGAGAUGGCUAGAGGGUGUAGAUUACAGUCUCCUGCUCCUCAGGCACCAACCUAGGGUCACUUCUGUAGCCUUUUCUCGAAAUGGAUUCAGAAAAGGUGAAGUGAUCCCAUGUCUGUGCCUGUCAGACGCACUACUUAUUUACCCAGAGUGUGACGGUAUGUAGCAUGUACAUAGAUGAUCCCUCACUCUGUAUAUAAAAAAGUGUACAGGUUUGAUACAGCUAUUCACAUUCUGGCUUUUUUUUUUUUUUUUUGCUUUUCUUUAAUGAAAGUCAUAGCAAUAUUUCUGUAAUCAAUAAAAAGCCAAGGUAAUAGGAUGAGUAUGAUUGCAUUUGUGUUUAUUUAGAGAGGGGAAAUGACUGUGAAUGAUCAAACUGUGAGACUGAUGACAGGUUUAUUUUUUUUGCUGUUUAACAUGCUGGAUCCAAACGGCUGGAGUGAAGUAUCAGGUUGCAAAGGAGUAUAACACACUGAUAAUUUUGAUUUUUAUCAAUGAAAGCCAUAAAGAUCAUAUAAAGGUGACAAAGGUCCGAUUGCGUGUGAUGGGUUUGUACCAUGCUUGAGCACAGACCUUAAAAAGCAAAGGGGAUGUGUACACCUAAUAAAAAAAUAAAAAUGA